GUCCUGUCUGGUUGUGGUGUCUAUGAUGGCACAGAAAUCCAUGAGGCAUCAGCUGUAUUGGUACACCUUAGUCGUGGGGGAGCUGAGGUUCACAUGUAUGCUCCAGAUGUUCCUCAGAUGCAUGUCAUUGACCACAGUAAAGGCCAACCAGCUGAAGCUGAGUCAAGGAAUGUUUUAGUGGAAUCUGCAAGAAUUGCCCGUGGUAAAAUUGCAAGCCUGGCUAAGCUUACUACAGCAGAACAUGAUGCUGUGAUAUUCCCUGGUGGAUUUGGAGCUGCUAAAAACUUAUCUACCUUUGCUGUUGAUGGGAAAGACUGCAAGGUGAACAGAGAAGUUGAACGAGUCUUGAAAGACUUCCACAAAGCAGGAAAACCUAUUGGUCUGUGCUGCAUUUCACCAGUGCUGGCUGCAAAGGUUCUCUCUGGUGCUGAAGUAACCGUGGGCCAUGAAGAAGAGGAAGGUGGCAAGUGGCCUUAUGCUGGGACUGCAGGAGCCAUUAAGGAGCUGGGAGCAAAGCACUGUGUCAAAGAAGUAACCGAAGCUCAUGUGGAUACAAAAAACAAGGUGGUGACUACCCCAGCAUUUAUGUGUGAAACACAACUGCAUCACAUCUUUGAUGGCAUUGGGGCCAUGGUAAAGAACGUGCUAAAAUUAACUGGCAAAUAAAAGCCAAUCAGAAAUGUUGAAAUUUAGGGUGUAGUAUCAAAUACAACAUGGACCAAUGGAAAUGUUUUCACCUGCUUGUCCUGCUCACACUCUAUUGAAUGCUGAUAAGAAGCUGAUUGGUUCCCAGCUGCAGGAUUUUCCAUGGCUUUUUGGGAGAGGGCAAGGAGCCUGACCUGAGACACAGCAUUUUGUUGA